AUAAACACAUAUGUCAAAUGAAAUGGGGAUCUAUAAGAUAGCCAAUGACUGCCAUAUGAGAGCUUUCAUCCGGUUCACAAUUUAUAUGCGUUUUGUGACAGCUCGUCCUGUCGUGUAAGAUAACGUUUUCGGUUUUUGUUCUGUGUUUUCAACGGAUUUGGCGGUUAGAUAAACAAGGUUAUAGCUCUACAAUGUCACUUUUUUAAUUUUUCCGUUAUUUACAAUGUAUGUGGAAGAUUUGAAAAAAGAUUUUUAUGAGUUUUUAGCAGGAAAGAGAGUAUUCCUUGUGGUACACUACGACAUAGACAGCAUAUGUGCCUGUAAAAUCCUUCAGUCCCUUUUGAGGUACAAGCAUGUGUCCUAUUCUCUAGCAGUUGUAAGGGGUUUGGAGGACCUCAAAACAGCGUAUCAUGAAAACUGUGCUGAUGUUAAGUACUAUAUUUUAUUGAACUGUGGUGGGACGCUUGAUGUUAUCGAAGAACUUGAGGCAGAUGAAGAUGUGACAUUUUUUAUCUUGGACAGUCAUAGACCAACAGACUUAUGUAAUAUUUAUAGUAAUGGUCAAGUGAAACUGUUGUCCUUACCAGACGAAGAUGUUGGGGUUCCACAUUUUCAUGAUAUAUUCAGGGAAGAGUCUGAUGAAGAAGAAGAAGAUGAAAACGAUUCAGAAGGCAGUGGCAGUGAAGAUAGAGCUUCUAAAAGAAGAAGGUUAGAUGAAGAAAGUAUAAUGAAAAGGAGAGAGCGAAGACUUUGGGAAGAAAAUCGCGAUAAACUUGUAUUUGACUAUUCCCAGUUUACAUACUAUGCAAGGGCGACAUCCAAUAACAUUUAGAGGUCUACUUAUAUAUACUUUAUUUUACUUUGAAAAAUGCAGCCAAAAUGCCAAACAACAAUUAGAAAAAGCUGUAACAUAGGUUUGAAUUUUGAUGCAAUUCUUGUACUUGAAUGCAGAGUGCUAUCCGACUGUUCGAGCUCGCCUGGCAGCUAAACAAAGAAGACAAAGACCUACUGUGGUUAGCAAUAGUCGCCCUGACAGAACAGAUGCUGUUCGGCAAAAUCGAGAACACCCAGUAUACGCUGGAAAUCGGACCCCUCCAAGCGCAUGCCAACAGGCUGCAAAAUAUGACGAAUGACACUGACGUACUUACAUCACUGAAAAUCGCCUUUGAGAAGGACCUUAGGCUGGCGCUGUACAGACAUUGGUCGGUGGAGGACAGUCUGAAGUAUUCCAUGUUCACUGCUGUCAAGAUGAAACUGUGGUCCUUGAGGGGGGACAAGAAGCUGCACGAAUUGUUGGCCGAUAUGGGUUUUCCAUUGAUUCAAAGCCGACAAGCCUUCAAAAGUAUGGAUCUACAAUUGAGAAAAGAGUUUCAUGAAGUGCUGGAGAAGCUUUCUGAGAAAUAUGGUUUACAGGAUCUUGUUUAUGCAUCCUUCACAUUGCAGUAUGGAUACAGGAACAAAUAUUGCGCUGCAGAUAUAGUUUAUGCAUUACUUGCCAUAUUAGAAGCAUCACCUAGAGAUAAGAAGCCAGAGGAGCUGUUCAAUUUGGCCUUGGAUUGUUUAUCACGAAGCAAAAAGGAGGUUUUGGAUAGUGCAAUUGAAAGGGCAAAAAUAAUAGUGAAGACCUUGUUCAAGACUGCCCAAAGUGCCUUAGAUCUGAAGCAGAUAAUCACAGCUGGACCUUUUGUCUAUUACAUCAUACAAGAGGGUUGUUUGGAUUGGUAUAUGUUCUCUCAUCUUCAGAUACUUUUGCUGCUGGCCCAUUUUAUACUGAGAGCAUAUGUAGCAGUAUCUCGAAACAGAAAGGCCCCAUCACUUCCACUUGUGGUAUCUGCUCCAAAAAGCAUGGAUGCUGGCACCUGCAUAAUUCUUGGGAUACCACCACUUUGUGAAAACUCGCCGAAAAAUUUUUUUGGGAAGGCGUUUGAACAAGCUGCUGAAAGAAUUAACUGUGAUUCCAAAUGUGACUAUUUUGAUACCUCAUAUUUUGAAAUUCAUACCAAGGACCGGACUCGGUUUUUUGAUGCUCUGACUGCGUUACUGAGCUGAUGGACAUACCUAUUUUAGUACAAAAUAAUUGUAAAUAUGGUGUAGAUGCAGUAUUAUUUAUUUUUGUAAAUAUUUUUUUACCUGUAAUUCUUAAGUGUAAUAUUGUGAAAAAUUAUCAUAAACAAGUUUGGAAGUU